UUGAACGUUGACCGGGUGGACCGCCGGUGACGCGAGAGGUCAUGUUGAGACAAAUCCUGCUGAAUUCCACCAACGCACUAGACUUCGACCUAGGGAUGGCCCUCCAGACGCACGAGACCGUGUCCGUUAACGCAUCUCACGGAUCGGUGAACAUGGCGGCGCUGCCCACGGGCAGCAGGGGCGGGAUGCGGGAGGACGGGGAGCUGAACAAACCGGACCUGGCCACCUACAUGAUAAUAUGUCUGUUGCUGUUUCUGCUCGUGCUGCUCAUCGUUUUCUUCAUCAACUGUCAGCUGAGGAACUCUUUCUUCGCCUCCAUGCCCUACGAUCGGUCUCUCAGAGAGGCCCGGACCUCCUACAAGUAGAACCCGAUACCAACUCAGCUGGUAACGUCUGUAGGCUUAGGUAACGUGUGUUAUGAAUGUGUUCAUGGAGGGGUGUGUUAUAUUGACUAUGCAUAGUCCAGACGCUGUGAGUAUCCGAUACGUGUUCAUUUGGCACAAUGACAUAGAGACCUAUUACGCUCCCUGUUCCAAACUGGACUAAAUGUCAUUACGUGUAGGUCUAUAUUCAUUUUUAUUUUAUUUCAGCUUUAUUUAACCAGGUAGGCUAGUUGAGAACAAGUUCUAUAUAAUGGUGUAUGUUUUUUGUUUGUUUUUGAAUAUAAAACAUUUUAUAUUACAGCACUGUAAUACGCUCUUAUGUAUAUCUAUUGUGUAAUUCUGAGCUUAACGUUUUAUUAUUUGUAUUGUGUAAAACUAUGAUUAAAUAUAUUAUAUUUGUCCAUCUA